GCGCCGCAGGGCUCGGCGGGGCGGGGUGGCGGCGGGCUCGGGAGCGGCCGCAGCAUCCUCUCCCCCCGCGGCGGCGGCGGCCCGCAGAGGAGGAGGAGGAGGCCGGCGCCGGCCCGCCGCCCAGCCUGCUGCCGAAGGGCGAAGGAGCGUGACGAUGGCGGGGAGGACGUGACCUGCGCGGGCCCUGUCCCGCCCGCCGAGUGGCACCACCAUGCAGAAGCCCAGCGGCCUGAAGCCCCCCGGCCGAGGGGGAAAGCACUCGAGCCCCAUGGGCCGGACGUCCGCUGGGUCAGCCGCCGCCUCCGCCACGGCGGCAGCCACCGGCUCCAAGGAAGGCUCCCCCCUGCACAAGCAGGCCUCGGGACCCUCUGCGGCCGCGCCCGCCGCCCCCGAGAAGCCCGGCCCCAAGGCCGCCGAGGUGGGCGAUGACUUCCUGGGGGACUUCGAGGUGGGCGAGCGGGUGUGGGUGAACGGCGUGAAGCCGGGCGUGGUGCAGUACCUGGGCGAGACGCAGUUCGCGCCCGGCCAGUGGGCCGGCGUGGUGCUGGACGAGCCCGUGGGCAAGAACGACGGCGCCGUGGGCGGCGUGCGCUACUUCGAGUGCCCGGCGCUGCAGGGCAUCUUCACGCGGCCCUCCAAGCUCACCCGGCAGCCCGCGGCCGAGGGCUCGGGCAGCGACACCCACUCGGUGGAGUCGCUGACGGCGCAGAACCUGUCCCUGCACUCGGGCACGGCCACGCCGCCGCUGACCAGCCGCGUCAUCCCGCUGCGGGAGAGCGUCCUCAACAGCUCCGUCAAGACCGGCAACGAGUCCGGCUCCAACCUCUCCGACAGCGGCUCCGUGAAGCGGGGCGACAAGGACCUGCGCCUGGGAGACCGCGUGCUGGUUGGCGGGACAAAGACUGGCGUGGUGCGGUAUGUGGGGGAGACGGACUUCGCCAAGGGCGAGUGGUGUGGUGUGGAGCUGGACGAGCCCCUCGGGAAGAACGAUGGGGCGGUGGCGGGCACCAGGUACUUCCAGUGCCCACCCAAGUUCGGCCUCUUCGCGCCCAUCCACAAGGUGAUCCGCAUCGGCUUCCCGUCCACCAGCCCCGCCAAAGCCAAGAAGACCAAGCGCAUGGCCAUGGGUGUCUCGGCGCUGACCCACAGCCCCAGCAGCUCCUCCAUCAGCUCCGUCAGCUCCGUGGCUUCCUCCGUGGGCGGCCGGCCCAGCCGCAGCGGCCUGCUCACGGAGACCUCGUCACGCUACGCCCGCAAGAUCUCUGGCACGACUGCCUUGCAAGAGGCACUGAAGGAGAAGCAGCAGCACAUCGAGCAGCUGCUGGCUGAGCGGGACCUGGAGCGGGCGGAGGUGGCCAAGGCCACGAGCCACAUCUGCGAGGUGGAGAAGGAGAUCGCCCUGCUCAAGGCUCAGCACGAGCAGUAUGUUGCAGAAGCAGAGGAGAAGCUGCAGCGGGCCCGGCUGCUGGUGGAGAGCGUGCGGAAGGAGAAGGUAGACCUGUCCAACCAGCUGGAGGAGGAGCGGAGGAAGGUGGAGGACCUGCAGUUCCGAGUGGAGGAGGAGUCCAUCACCAAGGGAGACCUGGAGACCCAGACCCAGCUGGAGCACGCGCGCAUUGGGGAGCUGGAGCAGAGCCUGCUGCUGGAGAAGGCGCAGGCCGAGCGCCUGCUCCGGGAAUUAGCCGACAACAGGCUGACCACGGUGGCCGAGAAGUCGCGGGUGCUGCAGCUGGAGGAGGAGCUGAACCUGCGACGGGGCGAGAUCGAGGAGCUGCAGCAGUGCCUGCUGCAGUCCGGCCCGCCGCCCGCCGCCCACCCCGAGGCCGCCGAGACCCUGCAGCUGCGGGAGCGGCUGCUGUCGGCCAGCAAGGAGCACCAGCGGGAGAGCGGUGUGCUGCGGGACAAGUACGAGAAGGCCCUGCGGGCCUACCAGGCCGAGGUGGAGAAGCUGCGCGCCGCCAACGAGAAGUACGCCCAGGAGGUGGUGGACCUCAAGGCCAAGGUCCAGCAGGCCACCAGCGAGAACAUGGGGCUCAUGGACAACUGGAAGUCCAAGCUGGACUCGCUGGCCUCGGACCACCAGAAGUCCCUGGAGGACCUCAAGGCCACCCUGAACUCGGGCCCCGGCGCCCAGCAGAAGGAGAUCGGGGAGCUGAAGGCCGUGAUGGAGGGCAUCAAGAUGGAGCACCAGCUGGAGCUGGGCAACCUGCGCGCCAAGCACGACCUGGAGACGGCCGUGCACGUGAAGGAGAAGGAGGGCCUGCGGCAGAAGCUGCAGGAGGCCCAGGAGGAGCUGGCCGGGCUGCAGCAGCACUGGCGGGCCCAGCUGGAGGUGCAGGCGGGCCAGCACCGGCUGGAGCUGCAGGAGGCCCAGGACCAGCGCCGGGACGCCGAGCUGCGGGUGCAUGAGCUGGAGAAGCUGGACGCGGAGUACCGGGGCCAGGCGCAGGCCAUCGAGUUCCUCAAGGAGCAGAUCUCCCUGGCCGAGAAGAAGAUGCUGGACUACGAGCUGCUGCAGCGGUCCGAGGCCCAGAGCAGGCAGGAGGCCGACAGGCUGCGGGAGAAGCUGCUGGUCGCCGAGAACAGACUCCAGGCCGUCGAGUCCCUGUGCUCGUCCCAGCACGCCAACAUGAUUGAGUCGAACGACAUUUCAGGGGAGAAGAUGAGGAUGAAGGAGAUGGUGGAGGGCCUGCAGGACAAGCUGAACAAGAGGGACAAAGAGGUGACAGCCUUGACGAACCAGACGGAGACGCUCAGGGCCCAAGUAAGUGCGCUGGAGAGCAAGUGCAAGUCGGGGGAGAAGAAGGUGGACGUCCUGCAGAAGGAGAAGCGGCGCCUGGAGGCGGAGCUGGAGGCCGUGUCCCGGAAGACGCACGACGCCUCCGGCCAGCUGGUGCUCAUCAGCCAGGAGCUGCUCAGGAAGGAGCGGAGCCUGAACGAAUUGCGGGUAUUGUUGCUGGAAGCCAAUCGCCACUCCCCAGGGCCCGAGAGGGACCUGAGCCGCGAGGUCCACAAGGCUGAGUGGCGGAUCAAGGAGCAGAAACUCAAGGAUGACAUCCGGGGCCUUCGUGAAAAGCUGACGGGGCUGGACAAAGAGAAGUCGCUUUCGGAUCAGAGGCGCUACUCCCUCAUCGACCCAUCCUCGGCACCUGAGCUCCUGCGGCUACAGCACCAGCUGAUGAGCACAGAGGACACGCUGCGGGACGCCCUGGACCAGGCUCAGCAGGUGGAGAAGCUCAUGGAGGCCCUGAGGAGCAGCCCCGACAAGUCCCCGGCCAUUGGCAAUUCGGGUUCUGCGAACGGCAUCCACCAACAAGACAAGACCCACAAACAAGAGGACAAGCACUGACCCCGAAGGCCACCAUGGAGCAACCCCGUCCACACCAGAGCCACUCUUUUCUGCCCCAGCGGCGCCCCCUCCAGGCAGCGGCCAGGACUGUUACUUUGGAGACAAGAACAGUAUUUGUAACAAUAAUGUACCUACCGUCUGGACAAUCCCCACCCUCAACCCCCUGCCGGACCAGGAGGCUUCCUCAAGCACGAACUUCCACAGAGAGCGGUACAGCCCUGACCCGGCCCCGGAGCCCGCAGCCCCGACGUCUGCCCAGGACACCCAGCAGCUUCUGGAAUUCGUGUGGGAGGCUGAGGCUCUCCGACCAGCCCCUCUCCCCACAACCAGCUGCUGGGGACCAUUUUGGCACCCUGAGCACAUCCCCACCCUCCCUUUUUCUCUUCCUUCUCCAGGGUCCCCCUCGGGUUCCAGAGAGCCAUUGUCCCAGGAGAGGGUCCGAGGGGGCCCGGGUCUCCUUGCAGGCACCAAGGAGCGAAACCCGGGCCUCAGGAGCCACUAUGAUCCCCUUUUCUGCAGCCACUUCCAGGCAAGGCAGUGCCCAGGGCGGCUCGUCCCCACAUCGUGAGCCUCCUUCACGCACUGGGACAAGCUCCCCUUGGCUGUCUGCCCAG